AUAUAUAUCUCUCAGUUUAUAAUCACUGAAACCAAACGUGUGAUUGAUUUUUGCGAUUGAAAAGACAUCAAAAAGUUUUUACUUCACUUUUACCACAAUAUUUUUGAUCAUCAAAUUAGAUCCACAACAACAACAACAGUGAUGGACAACAACAUUGUCGCCGCCAACGAUCUGAUCCAAGAACUUGGUUCGCAAGUAUCCGGUAUUGAAUUGAAAACCGAAGACUCGAUCGUUUCGUUUGCCAAUCAAAUGAAGAAAUUGGACAACGAAGAAGACAUCCGUCCUAUUGUCGACGCUAUCGCCGAAUGUAAACAACUGGUAUGUCUUAAUCUCGAAGGCAAUACAUUGGGUGUGAAUGCAGCCAAAGAGUUAGGCAAAUGUCUGGAAAGUCGACCGCUAAUCAAGAAGUUAUUGUUCAACAAUUUGUUUACCGGUCGACUAAAAUCCGAGAUUCCCGAAGUACUACUGUUUGUUACGUCGGGUGUUAUGUUAAGCAAUGCCCGAUUGGAUACACUCGACCUGAGCGACAACGCCAUCGGACCGGUUACUAUGCCAUCGUUGUUGCCGUUCCUCGAGAGUCACAGUUGCGAAUCGUUGACAACGCUUCGGCUAAACAAUUGUGGUUUGGGUAUCGGCGGCGGCGAAAUACUGGCCAAAGGUUUACUAAAAUUGACAAACUUGCGGACAUUGAUUUGCGGCCGAAAUCGUUUGGAGAUUAAGGGCGCUCAGGCUAUCGGCAACUCAUUGGCCAAGUUAACCACUUUAGAGACACUGGAAAUGCCGCAAAACGGUAUCCACAGCGAAGGUAUCGAAGCCAUCUGUCGGGCCAUCAGUUCCAAUCGAAAUCUGAAGAACUUGAAUCUGAACGACAAUAAUCUCCGGACUCAAUCGCAAUCGAUUGCUUCGGCACUCCGUUUAUUGACAUCCAUUGAGACAAUAAAUUUUGGCGAUUGUCUAUUGAAAACGGCUGGUUGUCUGGCCAUUUGCGAUGCUAUUGUCGAUAAUAGUCAAGCGGUCACAAUCAAAGAAAUCAAUUUGAGUGGCAACGAAAUUGGUGGCCAACCAGCCAUCGAUGCCAUCGUCAGAUGCGGACAAACUAUUCACGACAGACGAACUCAGCAAUUGUUAGCAAAAUGUCGACUCGAAUUAAGUAGCAAUUGUUUCGGCGAAUCGGGUAUCGAUCAGUUGACGGCGGCUCUGAAUCAGACGACAAUUUUGAUUAUAGAUGAUGAUGAAGGCUCUGCUGAUGAGGGAGAGGACGACGAGGAAGAGGAGGAAGGCGAAGAAGUAGAUGAAAAUGUGGAGAAGAAUAAGGAGAAUGAAGCCGAUGGUUGUGUUAUGUCAACAACGACAACACAAUCGGACCAACAAUCAGAUCGAUAUACGAAAGUCGGCGAUGAAAAUGAUGUAUCAAUCGAUGAAUUGACUAAAAAGAUUGAAAAUGAUUUGAUGGUUAGUAAUAAAAAUAUUGACGAUCUAUGCUCUCAUUUUGUUAAUAUAUCCAUCAAUGGAUUUGAUGGUCAAGAUCUCAAACUAAAAAAUGAUGUUUUAUUAGAGAGCGAGUUAUAUGUCAAGCAAGCACUUCGUAAUGAUAAUGAUAAUGAAUUUUUAGCUAUCAAUUCAUUGUUAGUCAAUUUGGGUCUACUAAAAGAUGAACAAUCGGGACACUAUAAGACUGUCGAUGACCUAAGAGGACCGCUGCUGGCGCUGGCAAACAGUGUCAAACAUAUGAGUCCACAGCAAAAGCAUGUGCUCCGGGCAUUCAUGAACAGGCCUAACAAAUCAGUUGAACAGUGCGGUAGGAUUAAGCAUACAUUGAUGCAGAAACUGUUCAUUUGAUACCUGAGCCCCCAAUAUACUACCCAACGCGUGGAUUGAAAGUAAUUUAAUAAAUUAAAUAUCAUAUAUCAGUCGCACUUAUUUAUGUAUAGAGAUAUAAUACUGUACUGUAAUAGACAGUUACACUACUACUCAACAACAAAAAAAAACAGUAGAUAUUUAUUAUAUAUAUGAUAUAUAUAUAUAAUGUAUUUUACAUUUUAACAGCCAAUACAA